AUGGCUCUAAGGAUGCUCUGGGCUGGACAGGGCAAAGGGAUCCUGGGAGGCUGGAGGAUCAUCUGCUUGGUGGUGUCUCUGCUCCUGCAGCACCCAGGAGUUAACAGCAAGUGUUACUUCCAAGCUCAAGCUCCCUGCCACUACGACGGGAAAUACUUCACUCUGGGUGAAUCCUGGCUCCGCAAGGACUGCUUCCAUUGCACCUGUCUGCACCCCGUGGGUGUGGGCUGCUGUGACACGUCGCAGCAUCCCAUUGACUUCCCCGCUGGGUGUGAAGUGCGCCAGGAAGCAGGAACCUGUCAGUUUUCUCUGGUGCAAAAAUCUGACCCUCGACUUCCCUGCAAAGGGGGAGGACCCGACCUAGAAUGGGGCUCAGCUAACACCCCUGUUCCUAGAGCUCCUGCUCCCCACUCCAGCUAA